AUGACAAGGGAUCCCGAUUGUGUCACUGCAUCAUCAAAUGCAACGGAGGCUCUAAAUCGCAUGGUAUCAGGUGGAUUUCGACAUUUGCCAAUUCUUGAUGAUUCCGGUGAUAUCAUAGGUCUACUUGAUAUUACCGAAUGUUUGCUUCAUGCUCUUGCCCGACUUGAAAAGGCGGACGCGACGACCAAGCAGUUAUUUGCAGUGUUGGAUGAUGUCUCGGACAAGGAUGCUCUAAAUAAGAUUGAUUUUUCGACCAUGGCAGCGGCUAUCAAGGAACACCUUUGCUUCCCUCGGUUGAGUUCCGUGAUGGAUUCGUCAAAGGUUCUUCCCGAGGUCUCCAUAAAAGCCAGUGUACGAGAAGCUGCUCGAACUAUGAAGGAUAAUCAUCAAACGGCCGUCUUAGUAGUGGAUGAUAGCAAACCGGUUGGAAUCUUUACAACCAAGGAUAUAGUAACUAGGAUAUAUGGACAAAACUUUGAACCAUCAAAUACUUCAACGAUAAGGGUGAUGACACCGAAUCCGGAUAUGGUCUCGACGGAUACCACAAUUUUGCAGGCUCUUCGCCAAAUGCAAGAUGAGCGCUAUCAACACUUGCCUUUAAUUAAUAGCAAAAAAAUUGUAGUUGGAAUGGUUGAUAUUUUGCAACUCACUUAUUCUACGUUGAAUACCUUGAAAUCGUUGAAUGGCGAACAAGUUGAGGAUGGAGUCGUUUGGAAUAAAUUCUGGAAUUCGAUGUCCCCCGAGGAGCCAAGAUUCGAAGAGCCCAAAUCCGACGGUUCAACAUCGGAGUCUCCUCAGAAUGAGAGUUUGAUGGUCACCGGUUUAGUUGAAAAUCCGAUAAUUAGACGGAGGGCACCGUCGACAUCCAUCACAACCCCACCUUCGACUGAGAAUACGAUUCCAUCCAGCCCAUCCAGAAGAAACUCCCGCGUCUCCAAACUGGAAGAAGGUGCGUUCAUCUAUAAGUGUAAGUACGAGAGGUCGAAGGAGUCACACCGAUUCACAUCCAGCACCCAAAACUUUUCGGAAUUGUGCGAUCAAGUUCGAUCAAAGAUGAAGAUAGGCAAAGAUUCUGAAAUCGUGGUCAGCUAUGUGGAUGAUGAGAAUGAUAAGAUCAUGCUAUCUUCGGAUGAUGAUCUUUCGAAUGCCAUGGAGUUGGCUAGAUCACAGAAUUCACCGAUGGUUCGGUUAUUUGUUGAGGUGAAGUCGGAUGAAGGAUCAUACGACAUCAAGCAACCGGAGAAAAACGAUGGAAUAGAAUUUUUAUCGUACCCACCCUCUCCGCGUCAAUCAUCACAAAAGUUACCGAAUUCAGAUGCGGCAAAGGCGGCAACUAUCGGAGGGUUCCUUACCAUAGGUGUUGCUAUUGGCGUGGGUGUAAUGUGGGCUGCGAAAUCCAGAUGA